UAUCCGUGUAUCUCUAUAUAUAACAUCUUUAAAUCUGGCGAGUUAAGAAGAAUCAACGACACCUAUCUAUACAACAUUCAAUCUUCUGUUAAGAAAAAAUGGAUCUUAUUGCGCAUCCGUCUGGGUUUUCUCCUUCUUCUUCUUCUUUUUCUUCUUUUUCGUUUGGGAAUUUCGUCGAAAAGGUUAAGGAAUUCUUCAACUUCGCCGUCUCUGCGAUAAUUGGCAACAUCUUCUCUGCGAUCUUCACCUUCUUCUUUGCUUUAGUUGGCACCUUAUUAGGAGCCAUGACUGGGGCUUUGAUCGGCCAAGAGACAGAGAGUGGAUUUGUUAGAGGUGCCGCCGUUGGUGCAAUAUCUGGAGCUGUUUUCUCUAUUGAAGUGUUUGAAUCUUCUCUUGUUUUGUGGCAAUCAGAUGAAUCUGGAAUUGGGUGUCUCUUGUACUUGAUUGAUGUCAUUGCAAGCCUUCUAAGUGGGAGACUAGUUCGCGAGCGGAUUGGCCCGGCCAUGUUAAGUGCAGUUCAAAGCCAGAUGGGCGCUGUUGAAACCGGCUUCGAUGAGGUCACCAACAUCUUUGACACUGGCGGGUCCAAAGGGUUGCCGGGGGAUUCAGUUGAGAAGAUUCCAAAGAUCAUAAUUACCAACAACAACAAUACGGACGCCUCCGGGGAGAAAGUUUCCUGCUCGGUUUGCCUUCAGGACUUUCAGCUUGGAGAGACUGUUAGAAGCUUGCCUCAUUGCAAUCACAUGUUUCACCUUCCAUGCAUAGAUAAGUGGCUCCUUAGGCACGGUUCUUGCCCUUUGUGCAGAAGGGAUUUGUGAUUUCACUUGUGUAAAUUACAAAAUCAAAAAAAAAAAAAAAAAAAAAAAAAAUUUUUUUUUUUUUUUUUUUUUUU